UCUCAUAUCAACGUCAUAACACAAAAUAUACAUUUAAACCUGUUGAAAUAGUUGUAUAUUCUGUAUAAAGACGGGGUUGGCCCUGAAUAUUGACGCUUAACCCACAACUUAAUGGUUUGAUGUAAAAGGGGACACGGAUAAUCAAGGAUACAAUAGUAAAUGUAAAAGCCAACAUUUGAGGGAAAAAAAGUGUCGCUUUCGGGUCAUCGUAUCUAUUAUGAUAUAUGAGCCGCCUAAACCCUAGCCAAUCCCUCCAUCCCUGCCCCUUUCAAGUCCCCCGUCUCAUUGACUGCCAGGCCACUGUUUCGGUGUCCCUUACCAAGCAGAGCGUAAUACGCAUUGUACUGCAGAGUGUAUUUAUUUAACAGAAUAUCAAGAGAUCACGUUGUAACUAUACCUCGUUUUCCACCCCUGGGUGCGCCUAUUUUACGCGUAUUUAACGGGUAACUAAGAUGUAACAGAAAUUGAAAUGUAAUACACGAGGAGCUCGCGUCAAUGUGCCUCACCGUCUGUGUGUGAGUGCAUGUUGUGCAUGUAUGCAGAUCACAGGUCUUACAGCAUAACGCCCUGGGGGAUUUGCACGGAGCAGGUUUUCUUUUGUUUCAUGCUCGUCACGUUAAUGCAGCAUUUCUUUCGGGGGGAUAUUAUACUGUUAAUUUCAUCAAGCGCAACGACGCCGAUAUUAUAAUAAGAGCAUUUUGCCAAAGUUCGCACCAGAUACCAGGAGAUCGCAGUAGCACACUUAUUCGUGGGUAAACACGCUAUCAUUAUUCUAUGCGCGGGACAAGCGGCAGUGGCAAGACAAGGUUGUUCGCCGCUGUGCAGGGGCAGUAUAAGAAGACUGGACGUUAUUUUGUGCUAAAAUGAAAUUUAUCAUUGGUGAUUUUUUAACAGUGAGAGAUUACCUUGACCCACACAGGAAAAAAAAAAUAGAAUUACGAUUGGUUAAGAGGCUUCGAACGUCAAGAAAAGUAGCACAAUCAUCUGGAGCACGCGAUGUAAAAUUGUGCAUACCGUUGUCUUCACACCAUAGGACUUUCCGGUAUUUUAGCGUUUUGUGGCGACGUCCCGCUCUGGCAACACUGGGGACAAAGGCCAUGAAGUGCAAUUUUUGAAGUAAGGCGGGGUAAACCCGCAGGACUUGAAGGACAAAGUUACUGUGUUAAGCAGUCUUCUGUGUAACAAACACGCAUUGACUACCGUAACGGAAUACGCACUUUCUACUCGCCAAAGAGGGAUUGUCGUUGCGAUUAAUGCUGCAUACGUAAGUAAUUCGUUGGGUAGAAAUUUGAGACUCCUUAAUCUUAAUUUGCCAAGCCAAUUGCUGUGUAUCAGUUUUAUUUCGUGCACUUUCCUUCGUUGUCUUGAUCACCAGAAUAAUAGAUUGUCACAUCAGAUGCUGAGAUCAUCUGUCGUUUUCGAGGUCUCAAUCACGAAAUGUGCAAAUGUGCUUCAACGGGUGGCGUAUUUGUUGAUCUCGAUUGUUUACCGUGCCUCGGUACAUAAUCAUUUGUUCCUGGCGCCGUCGAAAUACCUAAAACAUUCACGAGGGUUAGUUAAACGCAAUUAAUCACUUGAAAUGAUCUUGACCAGAGAACGCCGGUUUUAGGAGAAUUCAGAACAAACUACUUAAUGCAGCGGUUGGGUGUUUAUUCAGCUCGUGCCAGUGUUGGAGGGUUUUCAGAAGGGGUCCUUAGCCCCAGCAUCAUCAUCACCUUAAGUCAAGAUUAAUUCAGGGAUUUCCAAAAAGUAAUCCGAAAUUUUUGCCAGCAACGAAAAGAAAUUUUGGACAGAAAAAGUGUGACAAAGUGGUGAAUUUUACAUGUUACUUAUUUUCAAAAUUAAAAAAGCGGGCGUGGAGUUCAACAAAAGUAAAAUCUUGACCAGAAUUACAGAGAGCAAGGAACAAGGGAGAUAGCUAUUUCUAUGUCCGUUACUCCCGCAGUUUUGACUGUUCAGAAAAGUGGGAUGCUCCCAUGACAUCAUAUGGGCUGUCCCUGUGAUAUACGACUUGGGAAUAUCAAUGAAAGUCACCCAGCAGACGACAACCAAAACCAAAAUGUCCUCGCCUAUUCUGAGGAAACUCUCGGGGUCCAACUCCAACAAGACAAGGACAUUGCGGAUCAUCAUAUUGGGACAGGGGGCAGUGGGGAAGUCAGCUUUAACUGUCCGCUAUAUCACACGCAAGUUUAUAGGCGACUACGACCCGACACUAGAACAAGUGUACAGUUUCCAGACGGUGGUGGACAAUGACCACGUGAUGUUUGAAAUAUUGGAUACUGCUGGACAGGACGAAGAGCAUAUGAAACUUGAGGAAAAUAUUCGUUGGGCAGACGGUUUUAUUCUAAUGUACUCCAUAACAGACCGGGUCAGCUUCGAGGAAUGUGCAAGAAUGAAAUUUCUUAUUAACUUUAGCAAGCGUCAGAGGAAAGUUAGCACUGGGGCUCUUGCUCAGAGUCGAGACCUUCCUGUCGUUUUAGUGGGAAAUAAAAGUGACCUUACUUUUGAAAGAAUGGUGAGUUUUGAAGAAGGUGAAAAAUUCAGUUUCGAAAUCGGAUGUACAAACUUCCAUGAAAUAUCUGUCAGGGAAUCUUAUGAAAGUGUCAGAUGUGUUUUUGAAAAUUUGUAUCGUGACUGGAAGAGUUUACGAAAAAGCCCCGGCUCUCUUCGCCGGCAUCUCCCGUCGGUUACAUCUCGACCACGCGAGAGGGCAGCGACGGUGUCGUCCUCUAGUAGUGAGGACUUUGAUAUAGGGGUUUCCCAGUUUAAGGCUCGCAGGGGAGCGAUGACUGGAACUGUGCCGCAGACGACAGACGUUGUGAAUGGCGGGAACGGAAUUGUGAAAAAUAACUCUAUUUCCAGGAGGUUUUAUAAUCGAGUUUUUAGGAAAGAUAGUUUUCUGCAACUUCAAGAAGAUGCUUUGGAGAGCUCUGCAAACUCAACGUCCUCUGAUGAAUGAAACCUUGAUAUGAUGUGUAUUUGCAUUUAUACCCAACACAUAAAAGUACUAAGAAAUAUUAUCAAAUGACGAUUUCUUUCCUUUUAAAUACUAAGUUAUGUGUUAACGAGUAAAGUGCAGAAUAUUAUAAACAAUCGACGUUUUAAAAAAGAAUUUGAUUGAAAAAACACAUUAUCUUUCCAGAUGGACAGACAUCAAGAAUAAACUAUUUUGUCAAUCAAAUUUGACUUUUGCGUUAUCCUUUUUAUUUUUAAAGUGGUUUACUCAAAAUUUGAGAAGGUC